GUGUGACCCCGGCUGAGAGAAGGAGGAGGAGGAGGGUCUUACGCCGAAAACAAGCAGAAAAUCUGGCGGAGGCGACAGAGAGCAAGCGGCUAGCAAUGGAGAGAUACGAGUGAAUGGUGAAAGAGAAUUGUGCAGUCGCGGGAGCAUGUUGAUAUGGACAGAGUCCAGCAUGCACGAAGCCUCUGUUUGUAAUCUUUCAAAACUGACGCAAAAGGGGUGGAUGCAACCCAAGAGCGGAAACAAAGGCGCUUUGGUUUGAACAAAAAUACAUCUGUAAAGAAGGGGGAUAAUUGGUCCCUCAGUAUGAGUCGAGAUGGAUGGAGGAAGAAAGCCAGUGAAAAUGAUGGGUGGGGAGGACAGGGAGGUUACAUGGCUGCAAAAGUGUCUAAGCUUGAGGAGCAGUUUCAGAAGGAUGCCCCGAGAGAGCAGAAGAAAGAUGGAAAGUCCUCCUGCAUCUUCAGCGGUGUGGCCAUCUAUGUCAAUGGAUACACAGAUCCCAGUGCGGCUGAGUUACGCAGGCUUAUGAUGUUGCAUGGUGGGCAAUUCCAUCUGUAUUACUCUCGCUCCAAAACCACGCAUAUCAUUGCCACCAACCUGCCCAACUUCAAAAUACAAGAGCUCAGAGGAGAGAAAGUAGUGCGGCCAGAGUGGAUCACAGACAGUAUAAAAGCAGGUCGCCAACUAUCAUAUAUUCAGUAUCAGCUCUAUGCGAAGCAGAAAGGAUUAAACUUUACCAGUGUUUGUGGAAGAGAAGGCCAGGACUCGUUGUCCAACCAUGGACCAGAGAUCAUCAAGCCUCAGCCGAGCCAUACUCUCUCUAAAGACAUCCUCACGUCUACUCAGGCUAACCACACAGCUAACUUCACUGAGAAAACCGAUCACCAGCUGGAUUUCAGGCUAAAUGGUUUGCAUAGCAUUAUCUCUGAGGAAGGUGCAGAGAAAUCGAGAGUGAAUGGGAUUCAUGAUGAUGAUGAUGGCGAUGAUAAUGAUGAUAACACCUGUUCCCUUUUGCCAAGAGGCUCACAAGACACUUUGUUAACUAACGGUUAUGUACAUCCUGUGAAUGGUGCCUUAAAGCCUCAGGACUUUGCAGACCAUCAUCCUCAUGUUGUUGACAAACCGUCCAAUCAGUCUCACCUCCCACAGGACGUAAACAGAAACAGUGAGGAGCCCUGCUGCUCUCAUACUGAAUCAAAAGCUAAUUCCCAUCUGAGGUCCUUAAUAUCAGCAGCCAGUCCUGCAAAGCAGCCUGGUCCUCACAAUAUGCAAACGGACUUCCAUCAAAAACCAACAUCCAAUCCAGGAACUUCAGGUGCUCCUCAGAAGACCAGCCUGCAAGAUCAUACCACAGUUCGGCUAAAUGGGAGUUAUCACGUGACCUCAAACUCCUCCACUCUGGCAAACUCGAGUAACCAGUCAGGAAAAUCCUCUGCAGAGGCUGGAAUAAUAUCCGAGUUCUUUUCUCACUCAAGGCUGCAUCACAUUUCUACGUGGCGCAAUGAGUUCUCGGAGUAUGUGAACAGCCUGCAGAGCAGACGACGAGCAGCAGGAGGAGCUGUUUUCUCUGGAAGAGAGAAGCUGAAGAGGCUCAAAGCUAACUGCAAUUCAGGUUCCUUGAUGGCUGCUCCUCAGGUGCGUCAGUCUUGUGUUCUCCAUGUGGAUAUGGACUGCUUCUUUGUCUCUGUGGGCAUUAGACACAGACCAGAUCUUAUAGGGAAACCAGUUGCGGUGACUAGUAAUCGUGGUCCAGGCCGUGUUGCUCAGCGCCCCGGUGCAAACCCUCAGCUUGAGUUUCAGUACUACCAGAAUAAACGGAAACACUACAGGAAAGAGAAGACGGACGGUGAUCUUGAGAUGACCCCAUCUCCACAGGAUGAUGAAGUUCCUAGUAAUGGAGUGGAUGAAGACCUGGCUGCCCUUUCUAUGGCAGAGAUUGCCUCUUGUAGUUACGAGGCCAGGCAGGCUGGUGUGCGGAAUGGCAUGUUCUUUGGCAGGGCCAAGCAGCUGUGUCCAGAUCUGCAGUCUGUCCCAUAUGACUUUCAUGCUUAUAAAGAGGUGGCACUGACUAUGUAUGAGAUACUGGCCAGUUACACUCAUAACAUUGAGGCACUGAGUUGUGACGAGGCACUGGUUGAUGCCACAGCUCUUCUGGUUGAGCUGGGGGUUUCUCCUGAUGAACUGGCACAGUCCAUCCGUGAAGACAUAAAGGAGAAGACUGGCUGCUGUGCCUCAGUUGGAAUGAGUUCCAACAUCCUACUCGCUCGGAUGGCAACCCGUAAGGCCAAACCAAAAGGCCAGUAUUUACUCAAAUCAGAGGAAGUGGAUGAUUUUAUUAGAGACCAGCCUGUGUCCAGUUUGCCUGGUGUAGGACGCUCAAUGAGCUCUAAGCUGACCUCUCUAGGAGUGAGCACCUGCGGUGACCUGCAGCAGUUGUCCCUGUCUCGAGUGCAGAGGGAGUUUGGGCCACGGACAGGACAGACACUCUUUCGCUUUUGCAGGGGACUAGAUGACAGACCUGUGCGCAGUGAGAAAGAGAGAAAGUCUGUGUCUGCAGAGAUGAACUACAACAUUCGGUUCACACAGGUUGAGGAGGCGGAGUCUUUCCUCACUAACCUCUCUAUGGAGGUGCAGAAGAGGUUAGAGGGGGCAGGGCUUAGAGGUCGUCGGGUUACACUGAAGGUCAUGAUGCGGAAACCAGGUGCGCCGGUAGAGCCAGCCAAAUAUGGUGGUCAUGGGAUAUGUGACAACUUUGCCAGGUCUGUUUUACUAGCUCAGCCCACAGACAGUGGUCGAGUGAUUGCAUCAGAGGCCAUUAAGCUGUUUCAUGCCAUGAAGCUGAAUGUGAAGGACAUGAGGGGGGUGGGGCUGCAGGUGCAGCAGCUGGAUGGAUCACAUGCAAACCCUUCAGGACAAGGGCCCUCUCGUGGCCGAUCAAUCAGAGACCUGCUCCUGGCCAAACCGUCUGCCCACAGCCCCAGCAAAGAGCCUCCAGUACAAGAUGGUUCAAUCAGUGCUUCGUCAUCCAGAGCUUUCUCCUCCAAUCAGAAGAGAGUUAUCCCUUCAUUAUCACCGCCACCUUCUACAUCAUCAUCACCACCACCCUCCGCCAUCUCAGAUCCAAUGCCUGGAACAAGUAAAGGAGAAUAUCACCAUCCACACACCCCCAACCACGUUAGGACCUGUCUAAACAUCAGCAUCGAGGUGCCAUCUCCCUCUCAGGUGGACCCAUCUGUUUUAAAAGCUUUACCUAUAGACAUAAGGAGACAGGUGGAGGAGACCUGGAGAUACAGAGAGGAGCAGCCCAGCACCUCUUCACAUUACUCAACACCACCUCGACCACCCUCCACUCCACCUCCAGGACCUUCACUUGUGUUGCAGCUCCCAAACCAGCCAGGUCAACCAUGCACAACGGGCAUUAUAUUAGAGCUCCCGGACUUCUCCCAGGUUGACCCAGAUGUGUUUGCAGCACUUCCUAAAGAGCUUCAGGAAGAGUUGUGUUCUGCUUACAGAAAUAAGGGAAAUGCUCAAACCAGCACUGUAGUGGAACAAAAGAACUCAUUUCCUCAACUGAAGCAGCCUGCAGUAGGGAAAUUAAAGCGCCGCUACAAAAAAAGAAACACUAGUCCUGCCAAAAAUGCUUCAAGUCCACUAAAAAAAAUGUUCCCUGGGAACAGCCCUGCCAAAUUCAGCCCCUCCAAAACGCUUCCUCUGCCACUCAGAGAACAAGGCCUCAAAUGCCCGUCCUCUCUGAGCACAGAUGUCCCAGAGGCGCUGCCCAAACCCAUUCCUCGGCCAGCCCCAACCCUCGCGGGAGCGCAUGAAUUCAGCGAGAUCAGAACGCUGCUGCGUGAAUGGGUCACCACCAUCUCAGAACCAAUGGAGGAGGACAUUUUACAGGUGGUGAAAUACUGCACAGAACUAGUGGAGGACAAAGACCUGGAGAAACUCUACCUUGUCAUCAAAUACAUGAAGAGGCUCAUGCAGCAGUCCUCAGAGUCAGUGUGGAGCAUGGCCUUUGACUUCGUCCUGGACAAUGUGCAGGUAGUGGUACAGCAAACCUACGGCAGCACUUUGAAGAUCACAUAGGAAGACCUUUUAACCUCAGUCACUGUGACAUCAGCUCAGUCCUGCCACCUCGAGACAACAACUGACUCUGCCAAUCAUUGUAGCAUCACGGUACAAGAUCAAGCCAAUGAUGAGGAACAGAUUAGCAUAUACCAGCUUCACCCAGAAGCAGCUGAACACUGAACUUUUCUUUUAUCAUGAUGUCAGAUCUCUAGACUUGUGUCUAGAAGAACUUUGGUGACGCUCUUCAAUCAGGUUGUAUUUGUUAACAUUAGUUAAUGUGUUAAAUAUCAUGACCUCACCAUGAAUCACUUUGACAGCAUUUGUUAAUCUUGGAUACUGCUAAUUUACUAAUUUACUACUGUUAGUUUCUCUUAGUUCAUAAUAAAAAUAACACAGUCAUGCAUUUGUAACAUUUGAGGACGUAUAUGUAGAAAUGAACAUUUUACAGCACUUAUUAACCUCAAUUAAAGCACCGUUGAGUUUUACUUCAUGUUAACUAGUGUGUUGACUAAUAUUAACAUGUACAGCCUGGUUGUAAAAUGGUGUCAACUUUUCUGAAUGUUUUAAUGCACUGACUGUCCAAAACCAAGCGAAGCGAGCCUCUUUGCUUUCUGUUUGCUGUUUGGAUUUUUUUCCCCCUUGUUCUUUAAUGUCUUUAUUGUCCAAAUUUCCUCCUAUUGUACUCAAGAACCGGUGUUUACCCUGAAAGUCUGGCCUCAGAAAUAUUUAACAGACUUUGUAGCAAAGCAGAACGGUGUUGGCAUGUUAUUUGCCUUUUAUGGGUCAGGCUGAAAGUGGAAAUAAGCAACGGAGAUGCUGUUAUCUUCUAUCAAAGUCUUUUGGCAUGUGGAUACUAACAUUUUAUGUAAAGCUAACGUUAAUGUUUUCCUAGAUUUUAUAUAUAAAUAUAUAUAUAUAACUCUUAUUGAUUGUUUGCUUUUAUAUGUGUGAAAGAGCUAAGAGAGACGAAUAUUUAUGAAGAAAAAGAUUUAAAUAUUGGCCAGGUUAAUUUGAUUAAACUGACUUCUUGCUUUUAAGUGUUUUAUUAUGAAUAUGUGGAAAUGGUGCUAAGUAAUUCUCAAUCUGAUGGAUCUUUCACUACAGUAGUCCUCUGAUGGUUCCUCUCAGCCCCUGUUCACUGUUGCGUUGGCUUCAUGUGUGAACAGAAUGUAACUUCUUCAGUGUUUUACGUUUGUACUUGUUCAGUUUUAAGAAGCUGCUCGUGAGAAGGACAUCUCGCAUUAUCAUGACAUUACUGAGAGGAAGGCCUGAGAAUCCAUGUCUGGUCAAAAAAUCUGUGGGGACAGAAUGACACGUGCCUGAAGACCUGAAGCUGUGACAUCAUUUGUAUGUUUUCUAAAUUUGCAAAUAAAUUUGGAUAAGUGAUA